AUGUUUGAUGAUUCUGCUGGAGCUGAAAACUACAUGGUUGUGGCAACAAGCAGUAAUGGUAAUGUCCAGACAUUCGAGUGUAACUCCACAUCAGAUGGUACAUGUACCUUGCCACCGCUGAUGUGCAGCCAGAAUCUCACCUUUACCCUGAAAGCCCAGGACCAGCAGUGCACCAGUGCACCUAGUAAUGCUGUGACCACUGAAACAGCUCCAUGUCCUCCUGAGAAUGUCAGAGAGUCCAUAAACUGUGAGAAUGGAACCAUCUCAAUCACCUGGUCAGCUGUUCCCGGGGCAGUAUUGUACACGGCUACUCUGGAAGAGUUCAGCAAAGGUACAUCCAGCUGCUGUACCACAUCUGGAACUGGCUGUAGCAUCCCUAAUCUGCCGUGUGGAGAAAUGCACAUCCUGCACGUCACAGCUGAAGGACGAACCUGCAACAGCUCAGAAAGUGAAGGGCGCAUCACCAGGACAGUGGCAUGUGUUCCUGAGAACCUCAAAGCCAAUCUAAGUUGCAGCAACAAUGUGGCCUCUAUGUCCUGGGACUACAGCAAGGGAGGACAACUGUACAGCGUGAGAGCAGUGGGAAAUGAUGGACAUGUAGAUGAGUGCAUGUCACCUGACAACCAGUGUGAUCUCACGAGUCUUCACUGUGGACAACACUAUACAGCCACUGUGACUGCAGAGGAUAUGCAGUGCAAGAGCACAACAAGUGAUAGUGUUACGAUCAAGACAGUACCGUGCACUCCUGAAAACAUCACCUCUGUGUUUGACUGUGUGGCCAGUUCUUUAAAUGUUUCUUGGUCUGAGAGUGAUGGAGCUGAUUCCUACAUCGCCACAUUGCAGGACAGCAACCAUCAGAGCACCACCUGUCAGGGCACAGUGGAGGGCUUCUGCAGUGUGACCGGACUUGGCUGCAGUCAGCUCUACCAUGUCUCUGUGGUGUCCUCUGAUGGAUACUGCAACAGCCCACCCACUCCUGUAACUGUCACACCCUCAGUACCCUGUAAACCCAGAAAUAUCAAGGCAGUUAUGGACUGCUACACUGGCACAGCCCAAGUGUCGUGGUAUCCCAGUGAUGGAGCUGUUAAAUAUGAGGUCAUUGCCACGACAACAUCAGGCCACAAGGCCAGGAAUGAGACCACAGUGACCACCUGUGAGCUGGAAGGACUGGUCUGUGGUCAGAGCUACUCUGUGUCUGUCAGAUCUGUAGGAGAGACCUGCAGCAGCAUUGCUGACAUGAAAGAACGGUUGGUCACAGAGCCGUGCAUCCCUGAUCACAUCACCUCUCAGUACAGCGUGACAAUUGGCCAGACUCAGUGGGACACAGCUGAUGGUGCUGAUUACUACACAGUCAGGGGGGAAACAGACCAGGGUCUCAUAGUCUCCUGUACGACCAACGACUCCUACUGUGCAUUAUAUAACAUGGACUGUGGACAGAUGUAUAACAUCACAGUUACAGCACACAACCAGGUGUGCAAAGAUGUGUCCACCUCUACUGAAGCAGUUUCAGUUAUUACAGAGCCUUGUCCGCCUAACAACGUGCAGGCGAAUGUGAUCUGCCAGACAGACCAGGGAACUGUGUCGUGGGAGGCCAGUUGGGGUGCUGUGGGCUACAAGGCUUUCCUCGCAGGGCGUAAUGGCCACUUGUUGACCUGCUACACUAACAACACUUUCUGUAAGGUAAAAGGCCUGCAGUGUGGGGUCAUCUAUCACACCACCGUCAUUGCCAUCGGGGAGACACUUAACAGCAGCAAGUCCAUCACUGUCUUGCUGGUUUCAGCUCCCUGUGUAGCUGGAAACGUGGCAGCUAACUUAGACUGCUACAACAACACAGCUAAAGUCUCCUGGAGCUCUGCCAGUGGAGCCAGCUCCUACAUGUUGACUGCAGUAGCAACAGAUGGUUACCGGGCUUCCUGUGAGACUGACGAGCUCCACUGUAACCUGACAGAGCUUCAGUGUGGUCAGAUGUACAGUGUCGCACUCACGACCAUCAGUGAGCACUGCCAGACCGAGACACGCACUAAUGUUACAUUCAGCACGCGCCCCUGUAAACCGUUGCGUGUUGGAGUGGAUCUGCAGUGUGGGACCAGAACAGCCAACAUGUUUUGGGAGGAAAGGGAGGAUGUGAAGCUCUAUGUGGCCACUGCAACCAGCAGCAUGGGAAGCACUCUGCACUGCAACUCCACCAACUCCACCUGCCAGUUCCCUGAUUUGAAAUGUGGAAAAACGUACACAUUCUCCGUGACUGCGUACAGUAACACGUGCUACAGUCAAAUCAGCAGCACUGUGGAGAUUCAGACAGAACCCUGCCAGCCAACUGGUCUAGCAGCCACUGGAUCGUGCAACAAUGAGACAGUUGUGCUGAACUGGUCUGAGGCUAGAGGGGCAUUAGUCUAUGUGGUGACAGCCUCUGGAGACCUGGGGUAUGUCACAUCUUUCCAAACCAAUGGCACGACCAUAGAGGCUGAUCUUCCCUGUGGACAGCUGUUCACCUUCACUGUAGUAGCUCAAGAUGAUCGAUGUGAAAGUGCAGUGAGUCUGCCUAAACAAUACAAGACAGGUCCCUGUAUCCCUGACCAUGUGCAGAGCUUCACACACUGUGAGGACAGUCUGGGUUCAGUCAGCUGGAGUAUGAGUGCCAGAGCAGAGUCAUACUUGGCUAUUGCCACAGGAAAGGAUGGUCAUACCCAUGAGUGCGCCACAAACACUACCACCUGCAGCUGGAAUACUCUGCACUGUGGUGAAAACUACAUCGUUAAUGUGAUUGCACUUGACUACUUGUGCACCAGCAUGCCAAGCGAGAACAUCACAAUUCGGAUGGCACCAUGCAUUCCCACAAACUUGAAAUCAUCUCUAAACUGCUCUUUAAAGGUGGGAUCGCUGACUUGGAAUGCAAGUAAAACUGCUGAGUACUACAUUGUGACAGCACAGACCAACUUUGGACACAAAGUUCAACUCAGCACCAACGAAACUUGGACUUUCAUUUCUGAGUUCCUCUGUGGUCAGGAGUACUUCCUGUCUGUUCAGGCAGCAGACUCAGUGUGUACAAGCCGUCCUAGUCAGCCUUCAAAACUUAUAUCAGAGCCUUGUUCACCCACUGCUGUCUCCAGCCUGAUGAACUGUAUCGCCAACAUUGCCUUGGUGUCAUGGACUGGCUCGGCUGGUGCAGAGUACUACACAGCCACAGUUACAGCAGAAGACGGCCAGUCAAAGAGCUGCUGGUCUGACAGCGAGCAGUGUGGCAUGCCAAAUGUCCCCUGUGGACAGAACUACACAGUGACAGUCGUUGCCUCACACCAAAUGUGUAAUUCUGACCCCAGUGAGGCUGAUAUACUGCAGUCAGUUCCAUGUGUCCCUACUGAUGUGGAAGCGAACAUUAACUGUUCCAAAAAUGAGGCUGUUGUGUCCUGGAGUGUGAGCAGUGGGGCUCUGUCUUACAAAGUGACAGCUACGAGCACACAGGGAGCUGUUGCCUCCUGUGAGACCACAGGGCUGAUGUGUACUUUGACCAACCUCACCUGCGGAUGCCAGUACUCUGUCCAGGUUGUGGCUGAGGACGGUAUCUGUUCAAGUCUACCCAGCCCAGCUAUAGAGUUCCAGUCAGUUCCCUGCACACCAAACAUGGGCUCAGUGAUUUUGGACUGCUACACCAACUCAGCCAUCUUGGACUGGAUGUAUGCAGAGGGUGCUUUGGAUUACACCGCAACAGCCCGGUCCCCUAGCGCCCAUGUUUCCACCUGUACCUCCAACUUCACCAACUGUGAGCUGAAGAAACUUCAGUGCGGCCAGAUCUAUACUGUUUUCACUGUUGCUUCAAAUGGACAGUGCAACAGCCCACCCAGCGGCACACUGCAGGUGGAAUCAGUGCCUUGUCCUCCUAUGGGUGUUGUUCCUGUACUGGACUGCUCAAAUAACUCUGCACAGGUGAAGUGGAAGGCCAGUCUGGGAGCGCAGUCAUACAUUGUCCAAGCCUUCGGUGUGGAACAACAUGAAACUGGCUGUGAGACAGAUUCACAGGCUUGUGUCCUCUCAGAUCUUAAAUGCGGUUUCACCUACAACAUCAGUGUGAUCGCUGUCAACAGUGUGUGUAAUGUAUCGACGAGUGAUGUGAAGCAGCUGCAAGCAGUACCCUGUGUACCUGAACUGGUGGAGACCCGGGUGGUUUGCGAGACUGGUGCAGUGAUUGUCACUUGGGAACCAAGUAAAGGCGCGUUAUCCUACACCACAAUUGCCCAGGGCAGGGGUGGCUACGCUUCAACAUGCAACAGCAAUGAGACAACCUGCCUGUUAAAUAACUUGCUGUGUGGCCACAACUAUUCAGUCACUGUUAGUGCUUCAGAUGACAAGUGUAAGAGUGCUGGAAGUGCUGUUGUGGCGCUCAACACAGCUCCAUGUGUGCCACAGAGAGUAACCGCAGACAUGGUGUGCAGCAAUGACACAGGUGUGGUGUCAUGGGAAGAAGGGGAUGGUGUUUCCUCCUACAGGGUGCGAGCUUUUGGACCUGAUGGGCACAAAACUGAGUGUAACAGCACUAAAACAGGCUGCAAGCUGCCCAGCAUGCAUUGCGGCCAGGUGUACAACCUGACCGUUACAGCUAAAGAUGGACGCUGUGAUAACAGUCAUGCAUAUCUCAAUCUCAAGUCAGUUCCUUGUAGGCCAACCAGUGUCAAAGCUUCUCUAAACUGCCACUUGAACUCUGCCUCAGUUACAUGGGAGCAAGCAAGCGGCGCGCUCUCAUAUGUUGCAGUGGGUGUAACAGCAGACAGAAAUUACCGGGCCGAGUGCAAUAACACUUUGACCUACUGUGAUCUAAGCAACCUGCAGUGUGGUCAAACCUACAAUGUGAAAGUAUUCAGCCAGGAUGAGUCCUGCUCCAGUGUGGAGAGCGAAAAGGCUCCUGUGCGGACAGCUCCCUGUCCUCCCCAGAAUGUGUCUAUUGAUGUGAAAUGUGAUAAAACCAUGGUUGUUUCCUGGUCCCCCAACCCUGAUGCUCAGUACUUUCAUGUAGUAGCAGUAAGCAACACUGGAGCAAGACUCUACUGUAACUCCACUGACACCAACUGCACUAUCAGCAAUCUGCCUUGUGGACAGCGCUACAAUGUCUCUGUGCUCUCUGUAAGAGAUGCUUGUGAGAGCAAACCAAGUGUUGUGGUGGAGACCUGUUCAGCUCCAUGUGUGCCCAUGAAACCUAGUGGCCAUCUGGACUGCAUAUCAAAUUCUGCUUGGGUGUCUUGGGACAUCUCAGCAGGGGCAACCUCAUACUUUGUUCUGGCUCAAGCAGUUGGUGGUCACAACUCCAACUGCACUUCCUUCACCUCGCCCUGUAAAGUCCCAGAUCUGAAAUGUGGGAAGAUUUACACCUUCCAUGUCACUGCUAUCAACAAGCUCUGCAGUAGCAAUCACAGCACCACCUUUGAGCUUGAAACAGGUCCUUGUGCUCUACAGGCAAUCAAUGCAACAACAGAAUGCCACAGUGACACUAUACUGGUUGAAUGGGAGUCAACAGUGGACACACCCCUGUACCUGGUUACAGCAGAGGCUGAGGACCAAACCUUGAUUUCCUGUAACAGCUCAUCCUAUUCAUGCAUACUCCAAGAUGUUCGCUGUGGCAUGCAUUAUAGCAUCAUAGUAUCAGCUUCCUCUAAUAAAUGCAGCAGCCUUAGAAGUCCUCCAAAAAAGAUUAAAACAGCACCAUGUGUCCCAAGCAAUGUGACAGUGGUGCCACUAUGUAAAGUGAAUGGGGCUUCAGUGAUGUGGGCAAACUCCUCUAUGGCCACAUUCUAUCAAGUGACAGCCACAGGACAGGAUGGAGACUUUGCAACCUGCAACUCCUCAGUGAGCAACUGCUCCCUGACUGGCCUUCACUGUGGCCAGACCUACGACUUAAGCAUCACUGCCAGCGAAGACAAAUGCACCAGCUAUCCCAGCACAUCAUCCUUCCAAACAUUACCCUGUGCACCUUCCAAUGUCGCAGUGGAUAUGGACUGUCACAGCAACUCUGCCGUCUUGUCUUGGAAUACCACUGUGGGUGCUGUGAAGUAUUUUGGUCAAUCACAGUCUAUGAAUGGGGACACCAUGUACUGUGACAGCAGUAAUUCUUCUUGCACAUUCAAAAACCUGAAGUGUGGAGACAUUUUCAAUUUCACCAUUAAAGCCUCUAACAACAUCUGUAACAGCUCAACAAGUGCCCCUCUGCAGGCAGGAGCAGCUCCCUGCCCACCAACUUUUCUAACAGUCCGCAUGCAGAGGAUUAAGCAAAUGCACUGGGCCAUGAUAUCAUGGGACACGGUUAACUGUUCAGAUGUCGACUACAUGGCAGAAAUAAAGGGUAGAAUUGAUAACAACCCACAAACUCUGAUGACAGUGUCAUCCUACUGGCUAAGAAGGCCUUACUUUGAGUUUCCAAUGCCUUGUAGCACGGCAUACAAUGUGACUGUACGCUCCAGAAACUCAGGUGGAGUCAGCAAGCCAUCCAGUGUCUUCAGUGGGGUCACAGUCCCUUGUACUCCACAGAAUGUCAAAUACUCUGGUAACAGGCAGUCCGGUGUGCUGUCUUGGAAUGCCUCAGUGUUUGCCACAAGAUAUAUGGUCUACAACACAUCCGGAGGAAGCCGUGUGAAGCUCUGCAACACUACCGGGCUCUCCUGCCAGUUGACUGAUUUCAAUCCUGGUGCCACUGAAGUGACAGCUACCAAUGCAGUGGGAGAAAGCAACCCAAGCCCAAGUAUUACAGGUACGUUUGGAGCACGCAGACGAAGAGAUCUACGGGCUACUCCAGUCUAUGCCUAUUUAGAAGAGGAUCUUGAAACUCCAGAUGUGCUGAAUGUAACGGUAAGCAGUGGUUCCUUGUAUGUGAAAUGGAGGACAGUGAAAGAAGCGACUGAGUAUAUACUCAUCAUUGAUGUGGAGCAGAGAGAGGAGCAGGCGAACCAGCCACCGAGAGUUAGAAGUGUGGAAGGCGACUUUCACAUAGAGACUGACCUCAAACCCUGGACCACCUACUGCGUCAAGGUGGCAGCCAAGAACGCCAUCAACCAAAGCAACUUCACCUGGCCAAAGUGCAAAAACACUGGUGCCUCUCAAUUUACGAAUUAGUGCAGUAGACACUGAAAUAAAGUGAAGUAUCGUUGUUUGGGUUAGAGGUUUGUUUUCACUCCGUAGUGUCAAUUACAGAAUUUUUACUGGUUCAAACUCAAAAAAACUUUAGAAAUUUAACUGUAAAAAGGAUGUAAUCACAACUAAAAUUCUGUAAAAAAAAAAAAAAAAAAAAAAAAAUCUGUUUGGGG